GUGGGUGUGAACUUCCGGGUGAGACUAAGUUCUGAAACAUUGAUGUGAUUGGCUGAGAAGUAAAGGAUUGUGUGGGCGGAGCUAUUGACUGUCGGGAGCUCUCAGUUCAGUCACGUGGUGGGAAGAUGGCGGCGUGUUGAGUGUGUUGCAGAGGAUUGUGGGUGCAUCACAGACUGGAUAUCGUCAGUGGGUGCCGGGAGUUGCCGCCAUGUUUGAUGUGUGUGAGUGGAAUGAUAAUUGGGAGGCGCAGUCACUGACUCAAUGUUUGGAGAGAAAUUCUGGAGAAGCCGCUGCCAAGAAAUCUGCUGUUAGCAGGAGAAAGAGGACAAAGCGAAAUCGUGAGCUGCUGGAGAUCCUGCAUUCACUCAAGCCCCCCGCUCUUUGGCAACAGGACCCCCAUUCUGCAGAGAUCCAGACCCCUACUGAUCAUGUUACCUGCAACAAAUCUCCAGACUGUGUCCCUCCAUGUGAAGCCCCCCAGCCAGUGAAGUCUGAGCCCCGGGUGAGCCGCAAGCAAUGGAAGAAUAAGCUGAAGAACAAGAGACGGCACAAGAACAAAUUCAAAAGUUCCUCCGAAUGUGCCGAUGGGGAGGGAGGACAGAGGGGUGGGGAGGGAGGGGAGAGGGCCGUGGCCAAUGUACGGGAUGGGUCGGUGCCAGAGCAGAAGCCCAUUAAGAUGCCGUCGGUAAAGAAAGGGAGUAAAGUCGGGAGGUCGGAGAGAGAUGGAGAAGAAGAAGGAGGGAGAGUUGCAGUAAAACGUGCCAGGCCUGAGCCAAUGACUGGAGGCACUACAAAUAAAAGUGGGGCCCUCAUGCAGAGGCGUACGGUGCAGAAGCUGAAGAGAAUUAUGCAAAGGGAGGGGCAAGGGAAUGACAUAGGAACAAAUAAGGAGGAGCCAGAGAUUCCAGAAGGGGAGGAGACUGUGGGGGGAAGUCCUCCCUGUGACCGUUCCACAUGGUUACGCUCCCGCAUGGAGGAACGACUCAGUUCUGCCCGUUUCCGUUACAUUAACCAACAACUUUACACGUCAGACAGCCGCGAGGCCCUUCAGCUGUUCCAGAAGGACCCGGAAGCUUUUAGUGUUUAUCAUAAAGGUUUCUCCCAACAAGUCCAGCAAUGGCCGCUCAACCCCGUCACCCAGAUCAUCAAGUUCAUCAAGAACAGGCCUCCCUCGCUGCUAGUGGCAGACUUUGGCUGUGGAGAUGCUCUCAUUGCUCGCAGUGUUCGGAACAAGGUCCAUUCCUUUGACCUGGUGGCUCUGAAUGAUCAUGUGACUGCGUGUGACAUGUCCCAGGUCCCCCUGUCGGAUGAGACUGUUGACAUCGCUGUAUUUUGUCUCUCUCUGAUGGGGAAGAAUGUCAGUGAUUUUCUGAAAGAAGCAAAUCGAGUCCUGAUCCCGGGAGGUGUGCUCCUAUUGGCUGAAGUGAGCAGUCGCUUUGAUGAUGUCAGACAGUUCCUCAGUGCAAUGUCUCAGCUGGGAUUCAAGAACACCGCAAAGAACACAGACAAUAGUCACUUCUUCCUGUUUGAGUUCAGUAAGAGUGGCCCCCCAAAGGAGCGAGUGACCCACCCUGGGCUGGAGCUGCACCCCUGUCUCUAUAAAAAGAGGUGAAUCUGCAACUGAACCCACAAUUAACCCCACGAGCAGUUCUUUCCCUCCCCGCACCUCCACCUCUGUAUCACCAGGACGUCUCCAUUCAACAAGAAGCUCCGCCCCAAAGUUAAUGGGAGGAGGGGCACCAAAUGCAGUGUCUGUUGGGCUCUGCUACUGGCCGAAGGUUUUUUAUUAAGUCCCAGAAGCUGACAUUCUAAUUCUUGUGAACAUUGCGCUUUAUUGGCCCCACAUGUUUGUGCAGUUUCUGUGCUGAUAUAAUUACAAGUUUAAGUUCCUCUUA